CUCAGACUUCUUCUCCUUGGCUUGGCUUGAGAAUCAAAUCCCUGCCUGCAACAACAUUACAAUAAAACUAAUGGCCCCUGCUGUGGAUCUGAUAUUGUUGGUGAGAAAAGAAGGGGCGCUUUGAAGCUUUUAGAAUGAAGUGAAAAGAGAGGUUCGUUCUUAUCUAAAAGCCAUACUCCGGCGGGGCAAAAGGAUAGAUUUAAGUAGUUCUUUGAUGUCGCUAGUUAAGAUCCAAGCGUUGUUCCUUGACAAUGGAUCUGGAUUUCCGGAUGCAACCUUCUCCUUUUUCUUUUUGGCCUUCGGCUGUUGAUUGUCUCGCCAGAAGCCAGCAAGUAGCGCAGCCAGCGAGCAUCAAUCAAUCAGCUCACUAGAAAGGAAGGAAUAAAAAAAAAGCCAAGAGAGGAGCAAACCUUUGAGCUUGGCUGCUGCCUACAGCACGACACAUUUAUAAAGCGACCUUCGUACGCGUGUAUUCCGCUUCUUGCUUUGUUGUUUGCCUUUACUUGCUUGCCUUGGUGCUCGCUCACUCGCUCCCUUCCACUAGAGGAGAGUCCCUGUGAGAGAAGGAGAGCGUAAGUUAGCAGUCGCAGUGAGUGAGAAACAACAAAAAGGAAAGAGAACUUCUUGCCUAGAUUGCAUUGUCGGUUUCAUUCCUGUGAGAAGCGACCCGGUCUCUCGGCUCCACUUUUCUCUCAUCAUCAUCACCGUAGCCUCGUCAUGGACUUGCGCCUCAACCAACUUUACAACAAUUCCAAACGAUCUCCGCCACCGCCUUCGUCGUCUUCACCGCUGCCACUCGACAGUUACGAACACCACGCAGAAGCAGCGGCGGCGUCAGCGGCAGCGGCAGCAGCAGCCAGGUUCUACUCGUCGGACCGUCCCCCUCCCACAUCUCACAGAAUGCUGGAUCAACACACGGGCAGCACCUUCAUUCCAAUGGCUGCUGACUACGGCCACUUCUGCGACACCGCUCUGAAACAGGCAGGAGCUGCAGCAGGAGACUUCCACCACGGCCACUUCCCUUUCACGGCCUCGCAAUGGCUGGAGCUGGAGCACCAGGCGCUCAUCUUCAAGUACAUGCUGGCAAGAGCACCUGUCCCGGCGGAGCUCAUCAUUCCCAUCCGGAGGGCCUUCUCCCUCUCACCCAACACCUUCCAGGUCGGACUUUGUCCGAGCAACCUCAUGGACUCGGAGCCGGGCCGGUGUCGACGGACCGACGGCAAGAAAUGGAGGUGCGCCAAGCCGGUGGUAGCAGUCGACCAAAAGUACUGCGAGAGGCACAUCCACAGGGGCAGGAACAGGUCCAAGAAAUCCAAAGCCACGCUGACGCCGACCGAUGCUCAGCCGCCUCAAAACCCGUCACCACUUCCGGCCCCGGUCCACCAGCACUCGAAAGUUCCCGACUUUGUCGAGCGUCCGACUGAUAAGCACAACGAGGACCAAAGAGGAAGCUGCGGACCACGGCCCGAGCAGGACACGGAUCACGGCCACAGUCGUAAAACACCUGAAGCGCUGCUGCGGCAUUUCUUCGAUGACUGGCCCCGGGCCUCCGAAGGCAGGGAGCAGAAUCCAUCCCCCCAUUUCGAAGAGGAAGAACCACCUGUUGUUCAGAACACUAGAACCUCGUCCUGCUUCCCCCAACCAAACUGGCACUGGAACAUGCCGACGAAGAUGUCUAUACUGCCAACUUUGUGAUGAGCCAGCAGGACCUGGUACCUAGACUAGAUCCACAUAUAAUCCACAGGACACGGCACCAAGGCACCAAGGCACCAAGGCAAGCUUGUCAUUCUUUGUCUGCAGAGAAUCCUCAACUUUAUUAGACAACUUACAGACGUGUUCUUGGAGUAGUCAGUCAGGAAUGACAACUUCCACGUAUCUCUUGCCAUCAAUGUAAGGCCUAUUUGGAUUG